GUAGAUCUCACUCUUUCCAGCUCGGGAGUCUUCAGCUGUGGGAAGUAUACAGUCCGGGAUGCAGAACAAAACCAAGUUUUUGCAGUGGAUGGGAAAUUUGGCUGCGGUCGCCAGCGGAGAGUUAUGGAUUCCAGUGGAAAGCUUCUUCUCGUGCUCCAGAAAGUGGCAGGCAUGUAGUUUCCAGAACAAGUGGAAGGUCUAUCUCGACGAAGACAAGCUCCUCUUUACAACGAAGCGGCCUUUCUUCUUCCGGCUAGAGUUAUGCGUGGAUGUGUACCUCGGCGAGAACACCACGCCCGAUUUCAAGCUCACUGGAAGCGCCUUCACCGGGAAAUACUGCUUACACAGGACUGAUACUGGAGAGCUGAUUGCAAAGGUAUGUCUAUGUUUUCUUCUUCUUCAAAGAGACUUUGAGUUUGAUCCACAGGCAAGGUCCAAGAGGAAUCUGGCAUGCGUUGCGAGCUACAGCAUAGAAAUUGAGCCUGGAGUGGACUCGCUAUUUGUGGUUUCAAUGAUUUUAACCAUCGUGGGACGUCAAUUUAAUGGAUCCAUCCCAAGUUGAGUCCAUUAAAUGCAAGUUCAUCAUUACAUAAUAUGGCGAAAUCGUGAAACGGAAGAAUUUCACUUCUA